AUGUUAUUCUUCACCGUUGCCACUUCAUUUGAUGUUAGAGUUAUUUUUCUUAGAGAAUUUGUGUUAUCUGCAGAAAUUGAAAAUAAUGUGACGAGGAUCUUCAAGCUUAUAAAAAACGAAGACCUAGGGAAGAAAGAUGGAAACCGAAAAGAUUUGAAGAAGGAGUCAGAACUUGUUGCGCUCAUUGAGAACUUUUACGAACAGUACCAGUCACUAUAUGCUUUGUAUGAUCAUCUUGUAGGAGAGUCUGGGAGAAUCGUUCGUGGCAAGAAAGAGCGAAAAGGUUUUUCCAUGUCUCCCUCCAGCUCAGAUUCCGAGUACUAUUCUUCAGAAGACAUUGAAGGUAACAAUGCCAGAUUGGAAAGAUCUGACAGCAUCAAGCAUGAACUCAAAAAUGAACAUUCGGAAGGCUCUGGUGAUCUAAAGCGAAAGUCAGUAUAUGGAAAUGGAGAAAAGGAAGCAAUAAAUUCAGAAUAUUUGGCAGCAUUGAGAAAACUAAAACAAGCAGAGAUUGUAGACAAUGAUUUGAAGGAUGAAGUUGAUGAAAAAGUAAAGGAACUUUCAGCUCUUGUCGAAGCUCACGAGGCUCAUGGGAAUCAUUCAUCAGCUCGAGUAAAAGAGUUGGAGGGACAGUUAACUGGUUUUAAAAUGGAGUUGGAAUCCUUGUGCAGCCAGAAACGAGAUUUGGAAGCAUGGAAGGAAGGUAAAUCUGCUGAAGCUAAACAGCUAGGAGAUAAAAAUAUUGGAUUACAUGCGCGCAUUUUGGAACUUGAGUUAGUUUUAAAAGAAAGAGAUGAUGAAAUAUCUGAUCUCAAGAACAAACUCAAGGGAAAUGAGGAGAGCUCAGUAUCAAAAAUUUCAGAAUUGAUGACACAGGCCGAAAAUAUGCAACAGGAAGUUGAUUCGUUGUGUUUGCAAAAAGGUGAACAGGAGAAAAAGAUGGUGAGUAAAAAGAAUGAAUCAGUAGCGCAAGUCAAGGGCUUAAGCGAGCAGGUCAAUGCAAUGCAGAAGGAAUUGAAGAUCAUUCGCCAGCAAAAAACUGAAUUAGAAACGCAACUGGAUAAGAAGAACAAAGAAAUCUCCAAGCAUCUGCAACAAAUGGAAAAUCUAAAGCACGAGUUAACAAAAAGGGACACAGUUGAGAAGAAAAUGAUGGAAGAAAAAGAAUAUUUUAUCGCGAAGGUGAAGGACUUGGAAUCAGAAGUGAACUCUCUACGCAAUAAAAAGAAGAAUUUGGAAAAGCAGAUUAAAAACAGAAACCAUGAGAACAACAGGUUGAGACAAGAAAAUGAGAUUCUCAUUUCUAGAAGUUUUGGGUUGGAGGGAACGUUGACUGAGAGAGGGGAUGAGAUUUACGCUCUUCGUGAAGAAUGCGAGAAUGGAAAUAUUGAAGCUUCUGCUCAACUUAUGAAAUUCACGACGCAGGUAAGCAAUUUGAAACAAGAAAUGGAUUCCUUGCAGGCUCAGAAAAGCCAGUUGGAUUUGCAGAUUGAGAUACAAAACAAGCACUAUUUGAACAAACUGACUGAAAUGGAAAAUCGAAACGAUAACUUGACAGACACGAUUGGCCGGAUUGAGAGAGAGAACCAAAAGUAUUUGGAAAUACUGAGUGAGAAGGAAAAUCAAAACCAUAACUUGACAGUCAAGAUUUCCGAUCAGCAGAUGAUUAUUAAGGAACAUGAAGAAACUAUGAAGAAGUUCAACAAGGAGCAUAAACAAGCUAAAAUUUGGUUUUCGGAAUCCAAGUUAAAUGUACGAUUUGUCGAAAGGAAGAUGGAAGAAUUGGCAGAGAAGUAUAGAAUCAAUCUUGAAGAUAGCGUGCGCCUCUUAUAUCAGAGAAUCAGGGUAGCAGAACAAAUACACAAUGAAAACAAGGAAAGCCACAAGAAGUUCAAAGAGAUGUACGAGAAAGAAAACGAAGAUCUUAAAGAAAAGCUAGCAACGUAUCAAGAUCCGGACACAAAGUUGAAGCAAAUAUCGAAAAUAGCAAAAUGUACAUUGCUUGAAUUGGACUUAGUGAUGCUUAAAUUUGAGGAGGGACACAAGAACUUUGAAAAUCGGAUUGUGAAAAUGACGGAGGAGCUUGAGUCUGCAAAAACUUGGGUUAGCGAGAAUGCUGGCGUGAUCAAACGUUUAAAGCACAACGUAGAUUUCUUAACCACACAAAUGAAUGAAAAGGAAGAGCAGGAGAGUGUGUUGAGAGAAAAAGUUUGGAAGUUGGAAGCGUCCGUGGGCAAGGAAGCUGGGGAGAGGCUGAACUUAGUAAAAGGGUUAAGCCAACUAGAGAGUCAGGUGGCAAAUCUUGAGAAAGAAGUAAAGGACAAGGAUGAAGACUUACUGAGUCUUAGGGAGGAGAAGAGGGAGGCCAUACGGCAGCUCUGCGUGUUGAUCGAUCAUCACCGGAGCCGCUAUGAUGAUCUGAAGGAAGCAGUGUCAAAGAGGUCAGCUGCAACAGCUGCCAGAGGCAGGAUUGCAAUUUAGGCCUCUGUUAUGGCCAUUGAUUUGAUAAAGUUUGUUUCACAUUAUAGACUCUUUUCGAUUAUUUCUUCUUUCUUUUUGUAUAGAACAAGUGAUGUGUUGCUCAUAAGGGCAUUUCAUCAUCCAUGAUAUACAUUAAAUU